ACCAGAGCUCUGGAAAUAUAGGCAGCAUCUCUUACAGUUCCAGUCACUUUUCAGCAAUACAUUGAACAGCGACCACCUCACAGCUAGCUAAUGUAAGCAGUGGUAAAUUAAACCUACGCAAAAAAAUAAAAAUUAUAAUAAUUAAAAUUCUGCUAGUUUUAAAUCUAAACUAUGCAAGCAGAAAUGUUGGUUACAUUAGCAACAAUCCUGCUGAUUUUCCCAGUCAUUGAGCAAGUGGCGGCGAUGGAUGUUACAGAUCUUCCAGAUAACCAGCAAGACAGGGAAAAAUUGUCCAGCCAACAAAAAGGACGCCUUUCUCUGCAGAAUACAGCUGAGAUACAACACUGCCUGGUCAGUGCUGGCGACGUUGGAUGUGGCGUUUUUGAGUGUUUUGAAAACAACUCCUGCGAAAUCCAAGGACUGCAUGAGAUAUGCAUGAAUUUUCUCCACAAUGCAGGAAAGUUUGAUGCACAGGGUAAGUCAUUUAUCAAAGACGCGCUCAAAUGCAUGGCUCAUGGUCUGAGACAAAAAUUUAGCUGCAUCAGCCGCAAGUGCCUGGCUAUCAAGGAGAUGGUGGUUCAGCUGCAGAAAGAGUGCUACCUCAAGCAUAACCUGUGCUCAGCAGCGAAGGAGAACGUCAUUGUCAUGGUCGAGAUGAUCCACUUUCAAGACCUCAUUCUGAAGGGACCUUACGUGGAGCUGGUGAACAUCCUGCUGAGCUGUGGGGAGGAGGUGAAGGAGGCCAUCACCCGGAGCGUGCGUGUCCAGUGUGAGCAGAACUGGGGCGCUCUGUGCGACAGCUUGGGCUUCUGUGCGUUCAGCAAGCAGGGAGAGCAGAGUGCAGCAACCAGGGCCCCGGAGAAGAGGCACGGAGAAGGUAGCAAUAAGAGUGGCAGUAGAGACCCCGCUGACCCGAGCCAUCAGCACCCUGAACCCGAGCGAGACCACACCAGGACCUCCAGAGGAGACAAAGAGAAAGGCAGCAAGGUCCACCUGAACGCUCACACCCGAGUUCGCUCCAGCAGUCCGAGUUCAAGACGUCUCAGCGGGGAAACCGACAUCGCAGAUGAAGAAGACCCUUUAACGACAGACAUCAGGAGGUGAAGGAGAGAGACGCAGACUCCACCAGAACUUUUCAGCAUUUUUUUUUUUUUUUUUUUAAACACAAAAACUCAGAUUUCCCAUCAACGGACAUUCCAAAAUCAUACACAAGAAAGCUUAGGUUAUGUGUGGUGCAGUGCGUUAUGAAUGGCCUGAUUAUUCUCAAUCCAUUUCCAGAUACUGUAAUCUCUUUUCUUUAAAAUCAUAUAACAUCUUUCUAUUAUUAUAAUAUUAUUAUUAUUAUUAUUAUUAUUAUUAUUAUUAUUAUUAUUAUUAUUGUUAUUAUUUAUUUCUUUCUUUACCUUUACAUUUUUUUUAAAACUAUAUGUAUCCAAGCGUUGAUAGAGCUUUGGUUAAUAAUGCUGCUUAUAGUUAAAAGUUUCUUUAGAAUAGUGCAGGUUUGUCAGUAGAUGUGUGUCAUAUAUUUUAUGUCAGUAUAUAACUUGAGAUCUGUUUGUAUAUUAAUUAUAUACUUGAUUGAAUACCAACUUGCACUGGUUUUUAGUCCUGUUUUGGCACAUAUAACAUAUAGUGCACAAGGGUACUGGCAUAAAUAAGAAGCCUCAAUUAAACAAAAUUGAUUUUUUGCCAGAGGAAGAGUUUGAAAAUAGUUCAGUACAAUAGUUCUACGCUGGCAUUUCCCUCCCUUAUGUCGCUGUCUGAUAUUAACACGAUCAAUUGCAAACAAUACAUCAUUAUCAAAUGUCAUUGAAACCAACCAGUUUUUUGUUUUAAUGUUAUAUUUAUUUAUUUUUUCGGCAUUUCAAAUUCAGGGAAACAAUCGUCAAAAGGUAUAUCAUAACUGCACACAUAUUCCAUAUUACUUUACUUGAAACCUUUUUUUUCUUUUUUUAAAACAAGGUUGUUUUUUGUAUAAUUGGUAGCACCCCCACACCCCCCUGUCCCAACUAAACCAGAAUAAAGUGUCUCUAGAGGUAUUUACUGUUCAAUACCGGCAAAGUAACGUAACCAAUGGAUCAGCUUCUGGAAUUAGGCUAUGCCUUCACGAGGCACUUCAUGAGUUCUGUGAUUCAAAAUGUAAUAUUUACCAAGGCCAUUCCUGGAAUUCCGCUGGGAGACGGCAGGAAUGUGUUUCUGCUGACACUUGAAACUGCCUUACUGGUAUUCUUAUGGUCGUUCAAAUUUUCUUCCUGUUUUCUGCUUUUAUAUAAGUUAGCUGUUUUGUAAAGCCAGGCAUUUAACCAAGCAACUUAAAAAAAAAAAAAAAAAAAAAAAAAUCAGGGUUUUGUGGGUAUUUUUGUUUGUGACAACUUUUGUGUGAAGGUUUAUGUGUUUGUCUACUGAUUCCAUUUAUUAUCUAUAUUGUAAAUAUGUAUCAUUUCUAUUUAUUGCAGUUUCUUUUGUCCGUUAUAUAAGUUGUUGGAAUUGCGCCCAUCCCAUCAUAUUCCAUUACCUGUGUUGUAUAUAUUAAUGCCACUAGUGAGUUUUGUUAAGCAACCUAAUAUAAUUUUAUACAAUUCCAUAAUGUUAUUGACAGUGGUGUUAUGCAUUAUUUAUUAAACUCUUUCUUUAUGUCUAACCA